AACUGGGAGUCUCACAAUUGGGAGUUCUCACAAAUGGGAGUAGACAGGUUAAACCUAUUCGGAGCUCUGACGGGUCAACUUGUGACUCGUGGAUUGUUAGGUUAGAUUACAACAACAACGGUUACCUGACAACUGACACAAAUUCUCAAUCGGUACUAGAGCACAGUUACAUUUGAAAGAACGCAAUCAAACGUUUAGUAUUAUAAUGCUGCAAUAAUGAACACAGAUAUUCUAAAAUAUGUCAUGGUUUCAACUGAACACAAGGAAAAAUAUUCAAAGCACUAGAAGCUCGUAUUACCCGAAUCCAAUCAUCUAACCGAAAACACCCGUGAGGUAAACUAAACAAACACGUGACAGUAGACCCCUUCCUUCAUUCGAUCGGUAACGAGCAGACGAAAACAUCAUGGUGUCUCGCCUCGCCCUCAUCUGUACCCUAGCCGUAGUGCUCUACCACCCCAGGGCCUUGGCCCAGCUACGGACAGCGAAGAACUGCUGCUUUCCCAAACAGUGGGAAGGUUUUCAGGGUGGAAUCGGCGGUGUCAACGCAGGCGGCCAAGGACAAGCGGUGCAGAUUGUAACCAAGAUAGCCUUCGACGCCGUCGGCCGUCGAGUAUUCACCUACACCAACAGUACCACGGCGGCAGGAAUGUCCUCCACCAAGCUGAUUCGAGACUUCAAUACGAAUACCAUGUAUGUUAUUGAUGUGUUGAAAAGGAUUUGCCAGAAGACUAAACCUACUGCGCUUUUCAACAAUGGAUGUGUGCCUGAUGCAGCCAAGCAGGUGUUUGAUAUGACAAUUGGAGCUGGGAGCGAGACACUGCAGGCGAAGAUCUACACAAUGCGACUGCAGCAGGCGUCGACCCUGUUGAACAUCACCCUAAGUGUCACGGAGAAACAGUGUGUCCCUGUCGGGGAGUACUGGGUCGGAUCGGUUAACAACGUCAAGACGGUCAUGUCGAUGCAGUACUUCGACAUUACCCUGGGGAUCAAAGACCCUUCUGUCUUCACCCCUCCCGCCUUCUGUAAACAGAACAUAACAGGUGACGCAGCAUUCCACCCAGUCCUCAACUACAGGAUCUUAAACCUGUAAAUGAGACGCUGUCACCAUAGCAACAUAGCAGCUUUCAUUAUCCGAAUAUUAUUUAGCAUCAAGCUUUUUUAACGAUGUUAGGUGCAUCAUUACUGGCUGUGACACCUUGCUGAUUGUGUGUGUUUCUAACACAACCGGACGCUCGUCACGCCGAAGGCCCGGGUUCGAUUCCCCACAUGGGUACAAUGUGUGAAGCCCUUUUCUGGUGUCCCGAGAUGUUGCUGGAAUAUUGCUGAAAGCGGCGUAAAACCAUAUUCAUACACUCACUCUAACACAACCCGACUGUCUGAUCUGUAAAUCAUUGUGAUGUCAUCAUGUCGUCAUUGUGAUGUCAUCAUGACGUCAUUGUGAUGUCAUCAUGACGUCAUUGUGAUGUCAUCAUGACGUCAUCGCUCGUCUCUUUACGUCACCUGCAAGAAGACCACGAGCUGGCAUUACGUUAUUCUUAAUGUUUACCAAGACUUGACGUCCUACUUUCUCUCCGCUCAUAUUGAAUGCAAUUGUAUUUUCUAUGUUGAUGUUUAUAUUAAUCAAGUUCUUUAUACUAUUUCGCAUAUUCAUUUUUAUCUACACUUGGUAAUAUUGUACCAAAAACUCCAAUUUUACUAUAAAAAACAUUCACUACUGUAACAAAUAGUGUCUUCUCAGUGAAAAUUAGAUAUGCUACACAACGAAGUUAAAGAAAGUAUUAAGUUUUGUUCAAGACCUUUGCAGAUAAAGUAUAGUCACAUAAAAGCCUGUACAUUGUAAAAAAAAAACCCUUUAGCGAAUUAAAACUAUAUCUCUAUUAUUUUCGAAUCUCACAAAACCCAUUGGAAUGGGAAUAUGGAUUUUAUGACAUACUUGAAUUUUUCAUGUAUGACAAGCCAUUCCAUGCCUAUUCAUUUGUACCUGUAUAUCAGAGAUGUUUCUAGACAAAAAUAAUAAUAAAUAUAUUUU